AUGGCCUCACUCUCAUACACAUGGCAUCCGGCUCUCUUAGCUUUGGCUACACUUCCAUUUCUCUAUUUGAUUGGUAGCUGGGCUCUGGCAGCUAGACGACCGAAAGAUUUCCCACCAGGCCCCCCGCCGACCUGGGGAUUCGGGAAUGCCCUCCAAAUCCCUCUCGACAAGUCGUUCCUUAAGUUUGGGGAGUGGAAGGAAACUUACGGCGACAUCAUAGGCCUGAAAAUUGGAUCUCAGGACAUGGUGAUCCUUCAAAGCGCGGAACACGUCAGGGAACUCUUCGAAAAACGCGGCAGCAUCUAUUCAGACCGAACAGAACCUUACAUCACUGCCAAAGUCAUCAAUCCGGGCACCAUACUAUUCAUGCCUCAUGACCAUAAUAUAAAGAAGGCGCGAACAGCACUGCAGUAUCUCUUCAGGCCUGCUGGAUUGCAAAGAAUCCUCCAGCUGCAAUCAGCUCAAUCGGCCCUUUUGAUGCGCAAGAUUCUCGAAGAUCCCAAAGGGUUCCGGAAUCACAUGAAGCACUGGGCUUUAGCGACGCCACUUUCCAUCGUGAGCGGGCAGGGUGUCAAAGACAGUGGUCCUACCUCGACGAGCGUGUACUUCAACACUCAAUCAAGGUGGCUUCGAUUCUUGAACCCCGCACAGGCACCACCUGUUGAGAUAUUCCCCUUCUUAAAGUAUGUUCCUGGGUUCCUAGCCCAGUGGAAAUCAGAGGCAUUGGCACUUCGAAAGGACAUGCUGAAGAUGAUGUAUCAUAUGUUGGAUGGCGCAAAGAUUCAGCACGCCAACAUAUCCAAAGGACUUCGAAGCGUUGAAAAUGAAUCCCUUAUGGCAAGGACGCUGAGGGAAGGGGAGACUUCCAAAGAAAUGAGCAUGGGGGACCAUGAACUGGCGGUCUUCGGUAGCGGGAUCUUGGAUGCGGCAGUUGAUACCGUCUUCGCUACUACGACUACCAUGAUUUUGUUCUUUGCCGCCUACCCCGAGAUACAGCAGAGGGUUCAAGCCGAGGUAGAUUCGAUCUGGAAGGACGAGGUGCCACACGCAGAAGGGCUUGCUGAGCUUAAGUAUCUAAAAGCAGUGCUUAUGGAAACAAUGCGAUGUCGCCCUGCUACCCCAGCAGCUCUCCCACGUGUCGUGGCCCGAGACGACACCUAUCGGGGAUUCAAGUUCUCCAAGGGGACAGUCCUAAUCAUGAACGCCUGGGGCAUCCAAAACGAUGAGACAUGGUACGACAAGCCCGAAAAGUUCAAUCCAGACCGGUACAUGGAGAACAAAUGGGGAGUAAGACCCGAGAUGGCGGCCGCUGCAGCAAAAGAGAACCGGCGGCCGAAUUACAACUUUGGGACAGGGCGGCGAGCAUGCCCUGGCCUUGAGUUCGCAGAAAACCAGGUAUUGGUUACUAUGGCUAAGUUGGCUUGGGGGUUUGAUGUUGUUGCCAAAGGGCCACUGGAUGUCGACAUUAAGACCGGCUACCGUUCUGACCUGGUUUUGGCCCCAAAGGCAUUCGACGUAGACUUUAAACCAAGAGGCGAGACAAGAUCGAAGAGUAUGACAGGGGACAGCGAGAAGGCGAUGGAGAUUAUAUCGGCUUGGGUGGAAUAA